AUGAAGCUCCGCAUCAAGCCUCGCCAGGAGAACCACAAGUGGAGCCUUUACUGGAAGUGCUCUAUGGCCACGCACACUUUCACGCUCGACCCUUUCGAUAUCGAAGUCGACCCCGGGGUCAUGACUGCCAUGCAGCUUCGCCGUAAGCUAGCGGAGACGAUCGGCUUGCGACCCGAGGACGAGCUUUGCCGCCUUGAAAGCUUCGUCGAGCCUUGGGAACUGUGCAUGUACAAGGGUCGCGAGCUCGAAGACGACAAGACGUUGGCAGAUAAUGGCGUAGUUGAUGAUGCCCUCAUUGUUUUUGUGCGCAAGCAGCUCAUUGCGGAGGGUUGGAAAAUAUUGCAGGAAGAUAACGAAGACAGCAGCACAGAGGAAGACGAUUUCUAG